UUACUUCCGUGUUACAGGCUAGCUCAUACGCUGCUGGCUUCUUUUUUGUUCACGUCGCUAUCCAGGCUUAAAUACAAACAGUUUCGUCUGAAAAUUGUAAACCAGAUGCUCAGGUUGGUGAAAGUCUCUGUGGUCGCCAUCAAUCAGCGGUAAUGAUGACGACUGAGUCCGGGGUCGUGUAUGGGUGUCGUCAGCCUGUUGACAGCUGACUAUCUUCUGUGACAAAUCGUCCGUUGGCAGUUCCCUCAAGUGGUGCAGUUUCACCUCGUAAUCCGCCAUGUCAUUACCAAAUGAGUCGGGGAACCGCGGGAAAGAUCGUGAAAGGGGAGCCCGCCCCAAGGUGAGACAGAGCCGGUCGGAGGAGAGGCAAGAUGCAGGUGGUGGGUGGAAAAAUGGGAAGGGUAACAAAAAAGGCUUUGCCUCCCACGAACCAGUAGCUGAGCGUCCCGUCAGCGAUGGCUUUGAGUAUGGGGAGCUGUUGAAUGACUUGGAAGACAGGGAUCAGGGUGGAUCCUCCCCUCAGAACGAGAGCUGGAGAUGGCAGGGUUCAGACGUGGCGGCAUCAUUACUCGGACUGGGCCGAGGAACAGCCAGACCAGUACUGGGAAUAGUCGCCUCCCCCGCCGAGGUACCAGCAUCCAGUGAAGCUGAGGCCAGAGGCUCAAGCAGCACUCGCACACUCCGACAAAAAAUACAAGAUGCAGUGGGGCAGUGUUUCCCGAUCAAAACGCAUACAAUGGCAACGCCACCAUCUCCACAGUGUCUUUCAUCAGCUGCCGGUGCCUCUUCGAGACGCAAGAUCCAUCUCAGUGAGUUGAUGUUGGACGACUGCCCUUUCCCUGUUGGGUCUGAGCUGGCUCAGAAGUGGUACCUCAUCAAGCAGCACACGGCGCCCAUCACCCAGCCACCUGUGCUUGAUUCUGUGGUGGUGUGCAGUGCCCCAUCUUCAGCUGUUUCUACUGUGGUGGAGGAUGUAGAUGACCGGUUGCGAGAGCGCAGGCGCAUAAGCAUCGAGCAAGGCGUUGAGCCACCACCCAAUGCUGAAAUCCACACAUUUGAGGUGACGGCCCAGAUUAAUCCUUUGUACAAGCACGGCCCUAAAGUGGCUCAUGGAAUGAACGAGUUAGCGGCGGCGGAUCGAGUCACCAUCCAACAGCAGCAGCAGCAGCUUCUUCUGCAGAGGCAGCAGCAGCACCAGCUACUGCUGCAGACCUGCUUGGACACUUUGGAUGAAGUGGUGGCCUCAGCGUCAGCCUCCGUCCAGGUCGGUGAUGCUCUCUCCGAUCCUGUGGUGGACUCAGAGGUUCUAGCAGCCGGCGUACCUUCCACAGCCACACUCCCUCAGACUGAGCACCACAAAUCUCAUGAAGGCUAUCGCAUUCACACUCAGAUCGAUUACAUUCACUGUCUAGUUCCAGACCUGCUGCCGAUCACCAACCUCCCGUGCUACUGGGGAGUUAUGGACCGCUAUGAAGCAGAGACCCUGUUGGAGGGAAAGCCAGAAGGAACCUUUCUCCUCCGUGACUCUGCCCAAGAAGACUACCUCUUCUCUGUUAGCUUCCGUCGCUAUGGUCGUUCACUGCACGCACGCAUUGAGCAGUGGAACCACAACUUCAGCUUUGAUGUGCACGACCCCAGCGUGUUCCAUGCUCCCACAGUUACCGGCUUGCUGGAACACUACAAGGACCCGAACUCCUGCAUGUUCUUCGAACCGCUGCUGUCCAACCCCAUCCACCGCACGCAUCCCUUCAGCCUGCAGCACAUCUGCCGAGCGGUCAUCAGCAGCUGCACCAAGUACGAUGGCAUAAACUUGCUUCCCAUUCCAACUGCCCUGAAAAAGCACCUGAAGGAAUACCACUAUAAGCAGAGAGUACGUGUACGCCGAAUGGAUACCUGGUGGGAAUGAAAAACUAGAAACGACUGAUCAUUUUCCAUGACUCCAUAAACCAGGGGUCUCAGACUCAAAGUUCCUGGGGGCCACUGUCAAGCUGGUUGUCUUUUCUGGUGCCACUUGAAGAGUCCAGCAUCUUUUUUUUUUUUUUUUUUUUUUUUUUAAAUCUCUUUUUAUUGCUUGAAGAAAAAAAAAAAAUAAUUUUCAUGAAACAUUCAUUUUUCUCUAAAGCAGCAGGUGGCAGUCAUGAGGGAAUGUGGGAGGCAGGAUGGCUGUUCUAAUAGAAGAGUUUAAGAUGCACAAAACAUUUGAGUAAUCCUUUUAAUUUGCACUAAAAUGCUCUACCCUGUGUACUCUUGUGUAUGUAGGCUAGUAGUUACAGUAGCUGCUGGCGCCAUUCUAGUACGAUCGCCCACAAUCCCCCCCCCCCCCCCCCCCAAAAAAAGUGCAAAAACAUGAAAUGGCUUCAUCUAUCUUGACUCCUAACAGGGUGGCUUGUAAAGUUCAGACAUGGCAACUGGCUGGCUUAUAAAGACCUGGCAGCCUGUCCAAAUGAGAUUCCUCUGUAGGGGAUCUGGGCUGACGCCCGGGGACCAGGUGAGAAGAUAAAAUAUGUAGGAGGGACUUGCGUCAAAAGGAGCCAGCUCAGGUGGUUCAGGCCCCCUGGUUGUCUCCAAGAAAUAGUUUUUGGCUGCAUUAUUAAUGUUAAAAUGCCAUUAUGUACAUUAAUUUACACAGUUAUCACCAGGGGGCACUCUUGUCAUGCAUAAGUACAAAGAAUCAUUUCACAAAUACAGUACUGUGCAAAAGUUUUAGGCAUUCCAGAGUUAUAAUAAAAGUUGCAUUUGAUUACCCCCCCCCCCCCCACACACACACACACCCCUUUUUAAAUUGGCAUGUCGGCACAAAAUCAGUUACAGCAAAAGUGACUGUGUGAGCUAUACAGAUUUUUUUUUUUUAUUCCAUAAUAAUUUCUUUGUAAGUGUAUUGGAAUAAAACACACAGCUGCAAAUGAUCAUGCAAUAUUAAAAUGAAUGUAAAACAUAAUUACUCAUACUUUAAGAGUCAAUUUUUUUGAAGGAUCAGGCGGGCUGUGAUCCAAGCCGACUCGUAUUUCAACGAAACAUGGCUCAGAGAUGGAAACCUACCAAGAAAUGAGCUUUCCUAAAAAAUUUUUGACCGAAAACUAAACGGUGACCUUGCCAGGGGUCAUCAAAGUUCAAGGCAAAAAUCUGCAAAAACUGAUAUUUCAUUAAAUUCCCAUCUUUCAAAUGGUGUGAAAUUCAGCGCCACCAAGUCCCCAAGCCAGUUUAACUAUCACAUGACUUACUGAGGCAAACUCUUCAUCUUACAUACAUAUUAGGUUGGGGGACCGAUGGUGCUGAAUAUAGGGGGCGCUCAAAGUUUGGUCAUUUUGUGAAAUUGGCUGUAUUUAAAGGCCCAUAACCCUCUGCGCCAUCAACACCCCAAACAGCUUUCAAUGUUAUCAACAAAUAUUGGCACUACUCUAUCAAAUGCAGCUGAAAAAACAUUGGGGUCUUGAUUGUGCUGGCCACCAGGGGGUGCCAAAGUAUUGGACUUGCCCAAUUUUGAGGAAGUUUAGCCCCACCUGGUGGCCUGCGCUAUCAGCCUUUUUUAACGAAAUUUGCAGGAGUGGAUAAACUAACAUCUCUACUUUAUAUAACAGUUUGCAGAAUUUUGGGGACUCCUCUUAUACUGGUUUGAUACCCCUUUUUAAUCAGGUCAUUGAACACAUGCUCACUAACCCAACUGCAUGAAUUACCACAUGAAUGCAUGUAUAAUCUGAUAUUUUUUUUUAUUCUCCGUCCCAUAUGUACAGUCAAUCCAAUACAUGUGUAUUGGUAUCAUUUGCAAUGGCAACAAGUUUGUGAACAUGUCCUGUUCAAUAGAACAUAAGAAUUUUCCUGAGUCCUCAAGUCUGCCAAGGGAAAAGGCAAUUUGAGGCAUAUCCAAGUAAGUCAUGCAUAAACCCGUGUACUGCAGAUGACGCAGAUUGAGAGACAAAUGUCUGACCAGUGACAUGAUUUUAAAGGGGUAUCAAAUCAAUAUAAGAAGAGUCUCCAACAUUCUGCCAACUGUUACGUAGAGAUGUUGGUUUAUCCACUCCUGCAAAUACUCCUGAGCCAAGCUUUGUAGAAAUCUGAGUCAGCUUGAAUCGCACCCUAAUGUAAACCUGCCUGAACUUAAAAAUAUUGCUUCUUAAGUGGCAUUUUUCUAAAACAAUUCUUUUGACGUUGUGCGACUCCGGUGUGACCUAUAUGCUAAAAAAAUCACACGGAAAUAGAACCCAAUUUUCAUAUCUAUUAUCCUUAAAAUUGAAAUUCAUCACACAUUUAUGUAUGAAUAUUUAUUAGGUUUUCAUAAUUUUUUAAUGCUUUUAUGAAUCAUUAAAUGUGCCUAAAACAUUUGCACAGUACUGUAUAUCACUUCAUAGUUUUUAUUAAAAUGAUUCUCAAGUAGUUACACUGUCAGAUCCUGGGACCCAUCAUGUACAAACCUGGACUGUCACAAGUGUGUGUGAUGUCACCCCCCGGGUACAGCGCUAAUGUAAAAUUAACAUCUACGUUGUGAUUUUGAAGCCUUGCUUCAGCGGCACAGUGACGUUUGCUCAGGAAGCGGCCUGGCUCCCUUUGACCCGAACACGAGGGGGGUUGAUCUGUGUUUACUCCAGUUUGUGUGUCGACACUGGACCCUCCAAAUUGCUUGUGAAAAGAGGCCUUCAGGCUCUUUGGAAUAAAAGCGUCUGUGCAGAUCUACAAAGAAAAGGAUGACUCAAAAAUAAAAGAAUUGAAAGUAGGUAGAAGCUGCUGAAUUAUGAAUGCAUGUUGCAGACCAUGUGUGGCCCCCAACUGGUGCUUUGAGGCCCCUGUUUGUCAACUUCACUCUUUGGUUUUACUAAUCAACACUGCGCUGUACGUAUUUAAUGCCUGCUGUACAUGUUACUGACACACAGAUAAUAUGACAUGUAAUCACACUGAUGUUCCACUCCGUUAAAAAAAAGAAAUUAUUUGAGAUGAGCGGUGAUGACAAUUACCAUCAAAGCUGGUGUAUUUGGAAGUGUGGCUCAUUCAUCCCAAUUAUCUGCUACGGGGCAAAGCUUCCUGGUGUGAAUGGAGAUGAGUGUAAUAGUUUUCAUCAGUCACCGUGCUGGGACGCGGCGCGCUCACCCUGACUGAGGCGUGGAAGUGCAGACAGCCACGGCCUGUGGAUUAAUCAUGUUUCCCCACACUGAGCCCGCGGCUCAUUAUAGUGGCUGACAGGUAGGAGCUCUCUGUUCCUUCUGAAAAGCUGCACAAUAGAUGUUUUUUCUCCUGGAGCUUGAUUA